UUUCUUUUGCGUUGCUGUUGCUGCCUGUCUCUGGCUAAUGGAAAUGUUAUAAACAGAGGCAGUGGGCACGGCCACGAUUCAGUUCAUCUUCAGUCGUUGUCAGGCCCGCUUGGUUCUACCUAGGAGCAGGAGUUCAAGGAUAACGCACAACCACAGACACAGUCAAGGCUCCUCUUUAGCAUCGUAAAUAUCUACAGAACUUGGCAACAGAAUGCAACUCUUUGUGCUGUCAACGCUGGUGCUGGUGCUGGGGCUGGCCUCCUUGGCCGCCAGCCAGAACCCACUGGAUGCAAGUGGCGCAGCCGUCGAAAUCCAGCAGCAGCGGCUGAUCAAAUUUCCCGAGGAAUUUGAUCCCAAUGUGGCGCCACCUACGGCCGAGAAGGUGGACGAGGCGAAGCGCAUUCUCGAGCAGAUUGCACGCGUCAAUGAGGCCUUUGGCUACGUGAAGAAGCAGCCGGAGCAGAAGAAGCUCCCGCCCAUACUCGACUCCAGUCAGUAUUUGUUCCCCAAGCCCGCCUAUCAGCCGUUCCACGCGCAGCAGCACCACUUUGCCGGCAGCCACGGCCAGACGCUGCUCGAGCCCUCGAUUCGUGCAGUAAAACUGACACGAAAUGUGGCAGGAUCCAGCUACAAUGUGCCACCAAGGCUGCGCAAGGGCACAGUCGCACCAGCCAGUGUGGAGGUGCAGCAAUCGCAGCUUUAUUUCCGACCCAACCAAGUGGAGCUGCCAAAGCCCACAACGGCGCAGGAGGCACAGCAGCUGCCCGCCCACUUUGUCAUCCCUGUGCACCUGUACAAGCUGAACAAGGAGCAGUAUCUGCGGGAGCAUGCCGCCCAGGAGUACCGCGUCAAGGGCUACAAGAUCAUCGGCGACGUGGACAGCUUCUAUGGCAAGGCCAAGUCGGGCAGGAAGCAGGGCAAGACCACGCCCAAAUAUCAUUUGUUCUUUCUGCCCAGAGAGCUGGCGCUGAACGAGGAUGGCACACCCAAGAGGGGCAAUGGCACAGCGACCACCAAAGCCCCAGCUGCGCCGCAGAACUUCAAGGAGUUCCGUUUGGACUCCAGGGAGAGGCCUUCCAACAAGCCUGCCCACAGAACGCAGACAACUGUGGCAGCUGCCACCGACAAUAGUCUGGCAGCCGCUGGGAAUCGCAAGCGUGUGAGCACCACCGUGAAACCUGUGCGGGGAGCUGCGUCUGCUGGUGGCAAGGACGCCGAGCAGCUGUCACCCACCAUUGCCACAACAUCUGCGCCCUCAAGCCUACCUCCUGCCGGCGGACUCCUGCCCAAUCGCAAUCGUUUGAAUCCCUUCCGCGUUUCCGGCAUCAACAUCGCCGAUAUGCAGAACCAAACAUCCUCGGCCAUCAAGAAUGCUUUCCAGAAUAUAUUCAGGAUGCCGUUCCGCCCGGUGCCCGGUGCACUGUCCCCCUCCCAGCCCAUCAUUGUGGGCAGCAUUCCGCAGAAGCAUCAGCAGCAGCAGCUGUCCAGCGACACGCAGGAGGACUACAAGUGGGACGACGAGAAGGAGGAGGGCGGCGGCGAUGGCAACAUCGAGGAUCUGGAGAACACGGCCGCCGAGCAGGACACCAGCGCCCAGUCCGAAGAGAAGCAUCUAUUUGCGCACAAGAACCAUCUGGGAACUGGUGGCCUGAUGCACACCAUUGGCCAUGUGGCCACCGCUCAGCAAACCACCCAGAAGCAGGCACUCCGCGAGGGCGGCAUCAUCAUCCAGCGGCUGAAGGUGCGCAAGGGCGGCAUUGCGAUUGCUGGGCCCGGGGGCGUGGCCACAGCCGGCAGCGGCGGCACAGCGAUUGUGGGUCCUGGGGGUUAUGCCCUGACACAUCCGCGCAGCCUCACAAUCGCUGGGCCAGGAGCCAAGGUGAUUUCCAUACCCGCGAAUGUGGAUCUGCAGGAUGCGCUGGCACGCACCGAUCUGCAGGCGAGAAGUUUUCCACGGGAGGGCAAAGUGGUGGCCACUGGACCGACGGUUUACUAUGCCCCACCCACGGGCACGACGGAGGAGGAGGAGGAGGAGCAGGAGAUGAUGUUUGAGUCUGAGGCUUGACUUGUGCUUUAGCUAUUUUUUCGAUAUUAGUUAGGCUUCAUUUUUAGUUGGUAUUCUCGCUAGUAAUUAAAAUAAAUGUUCGUAUUUCGUAA